UUGAACUACUCGAGCAGCAGGAACUUUCAGUCUUCUGCUCUCCCACCUGCCUCGGAGGCUCUCUUUGAAAGUUUCUCUAAAGCAUUGUUGUCCGUACGAUUUCUGCGAUCAAGUUUCUUGUGAACUCCGACGAUGGCAGAGAAUUCGUGGGACAAAUGGGUGGAAAGGGCAGUGCAAGUGCUUGAAUCCCGAAAAAUACUUCGAUCUUUGAGACCCUUAUCUCUUGCUAAGCAAAAUGAGGAUGAACGGGUGGAAACUAGAGGCAAUGAAGGGGAUGACUACGAAGUGUUCGACGGAAUGUGUCAAUGGGAUCGGGCUUCUGUUGAAGUGUCUGUCUCAAGACCCACGUUUCAGAAAUGGCUUCACGACGUGCCCAGCAAUGGAGAGGAGAUUCUUGAUCAAGGUGUUUUAGGCGAUGGUGGAAAAGGGCUCUUCAAGAAGCUGCUAUUGUUCUCAGGGAAUGAUUAUUUGGGUUUGAGCUCACAUCCCACAAUAGCUAAUGCUCUUGCAAAUGCAGCCCAGGAGCAUGGGAUGGGGCCAAGGGGUUCUGCUUUAAUAUGUGGCUACACCACUUAUCAUCGUUUGCUUGAGUCCAGCUUGGCAGAGCUGAAGAAGAAGGAGGAUUGCCUUCUUUGUCCUACUGGAUUUGCAGCCAAUAUGGCAUUGUUGGUGGCAAUUGGAAGUGUUGCUUCACUCUUGCCUCCCAGUGGCAAACCAUUGGGGGAUGAAAAAGUCGCAAUUUUUUCUGAUGCACUGAAUCACGCUUCAAUAAUCGAUGGAAUUCGUCUUGCUGAAAGACAAGGAAAUGUUGAAGUUUUCGUUUAUCGACACUGUGAUAUGCCUCACCUUAGCUCAUUACUAUCAAGUUGCAAAAUGAAGAAAAAGGUUGUGGUCACUGAUAGCUUAUUUAGUAUGGACGGUGAUUUUGCACCAAUGGCAGAGCUCUCUAGGCUUCGGAAGAAACAUGGGUUUUUACUAGUCAUUGAUGAUGCCCAUGGGACAUUUGUUUGUGGAGAAAAUGGUGGUGGAGUUGCAGAGGCAUUUAACUGUGAGAAUGAUGUAGACUUAUGUGUAGGCACUUUGAGCAAGGCAGCCGGCUGUCUGGGUGGGUUCAUAGCUUGCAGCAAAAGGUGGAAGAGACUCAUCCAAUCAAGAGGUCGAUCCUUCAUAUUCUCAACAGCUAUACCAGUUCCAAUGGCUGCUGCUGCUUAUGCUGCGAUUGUAGUGGCAAGGAAGGAGAAAUGGCGUAGAAGAGCGGGAUGGGACCGUGUCAAAGAGUUUAAGGCUUUAUCUGGUGUCCAUAUCUCAAGCCCCAUCAUCUCCCUCAUCGUAGGUGAUGAAAACAAAGCCCUUCAAGCUAGCCGGUAUCUACUAAGAUCAGGUUUUCACGUAAUGGCGAUCAGACCGCCCACGGUGCCACCAAAUUCUUGCAGGUUGAGAGUGACACUGAGUGCAGGGCAUACAGAAGAGGAUGUGAAGAAGCUGGUUUCUUCACUUUCUUCCUGUUUGGACUUUGGAGAUACCACCAUUUCCCCUUCCUAUAUCUUUGCCAAGCUCUGACUCUCUUUUUCAUUUGGUUCUCAAACAUUAAACAACAACAAAAAAACACCUUU